AUAAAUAUAUAAUAAAGUAUUAUUGUUUAUAUUACUUGCCUAGAUAUAAUAAUUAUUAUGAGAACUGUUAUCUUUUGCUGCUGGUAGCAGUACAUAUGUGAUUAUGGCCAGGAGAAGCAGCACAGUGUAAUUAAGUUCACUUUUUUGGGGUAAAAAAACAAGGGUCCUUAUAAUGGUCCUAGUGCUAAAUGGGGUCCUACAAGAGGACUGUCCUCCAGACAGCCGCACCUUAUACCUAAACCAUCCGGUUUACAGAGAAACAGCCGCGCAACUCCUGUCAGUUUCCAAUAAGGUGAUUGGUCCGGUCGGUACGCUGUACGUGCUACAGAGGGAGCUGGCUGCUACAGUACCACACGACAAAAAUAUAAGCAUUUUGGGCUCUGAUGACGUGACCACUUGCCUGAUAGUGGUGGUGAGGCACUCCGGGUCAGGAGCGGUGGCUCUGGCACAUCUGGACGGUUCCGGAACAGACGAAGCGGUUUGCACCAUGGUCCAGAGGGUGCAAGAGUUGGCCCUGGGGUACCCGGAGGGUCGGAUAGAGUUGCAGCUGGUCGGGGGAUUUACGGAUGCCCACGGUUAUUCCGAGGAUAUAUUUUAUUCUGUUUUAAGUUGUUUUCAUAAGCACCCGGUGGAGAUUGACCUGACGUUGGCUUGCCUGGGGGAAUUAAAUACGACGAUAAGGGGCGGGAUUCCCUGGCCGGUUAUUUACGGGAUCGGGAUAAACGUGAAAACCGGCGAGAUUUUCCCGGCGACUUUUCCGGACAAGGGACCGGAUCAGGCUUUGAGGAUUGCCAGGCAUCUUACGGGCAUACCACAGGUGCUGGAUAUCUACGAUUGUGCCAUGGGCCUACUGAGAAUCGGUCCGUUCAACUACGAGCCCCUAAGGGGCGUCGACUUAUGGCUGGAGCAAACCGACGAGUUCAUUUUGCAACAGUUAUCGACUUCCCCGGAGGUGCAGCCCCUCCAUUUUGUUAUGCAGAUCAGGGCGGCACUGAAGUACAUCCAAGAGAACCAGUUUCCCGCCAUUACGGUUUUUAGGGACAACAGACCGCAUUAUUUCGGCAAAGACGAAAAUACCGGACUGUGGAAUCCGGUGCGUUAUUGCUGAUUUUCUUUUUUUCUGGUGAAUUUUUUUUUUGUAAAUAUUUCUGAAAUAUAUAUUUAGUGUGUGUCGGUUUCAAUGGAA